CCAGACCACAUUUCAUCAUCCGCCGAAGAGGGAAGCAACGCAGCAACAAAGGGCGCUCGAAAUCAAAAUAAAUCUGUUAAAUAUAUUUCCUCUGGCUUUACGGCGUCGUGUAUUUGGCUGGGGUAAAGGUUUGUUGGUAAACAAGAGGCUGGCUGGUGAGCUUGCAACAGUGAUUUGUGUUUUAUUCCGACCGAAAGAGCCGAGGAGGCCAAGAUGGAGUUUUAAUGCAAUGCGGCGGUAACUGCACGGCAUCGGCAUGCACCAGGCACAGAAAAACGCGUUGCGGGACUUUACCAUCACAACUGCCAAGCAGUUGGGCUCUGAUACCUUACGCGGUAUAGCCGUGAGCCAACCGAUACCUCUCCUACUUGACAGGAGGAAGCUAACGCUAGCCAGUUAGCCUGUCGGCUCAUUCAUUAAGCGGUUACAACAUUAAAGCCAUCCGCGUACACUACAACACUCUCUGUCAUCAUACCAUACUGUAAAGAUGAAGCCUCAAGACAUCGUCGCUGUGAAAUCCAGCCUGUGGAUCUUCGGGUACGGCUCGUUGGUUUGGAAGCCAGACUUCAAGUACAAGAGGAGCAAGGUCGGUUAUAUUAAGGGGUACAAGAGACGCUUCUGGCACGGGGAUAAUUUUCAUCGUGGAGAUGAUGAAAUGCCCGGAAGAGUGGUGACGCUCAUCGAGGAGGAUGACGCAUGCACCUGGGGUGUUGCAUUCGAGGUGACUGGCUCUCAGAUCGAGGAGUCUCUAAAGUACCUGAAUGUGAGGGAGGCAGUGAGAGGUGGCUAUGUCACCCGGGCUGUAGAGUUCUUCCCGCAGGGCCCAAACCAUUCACCUGUCCAGGCAUUGGUUUACAUUGCCACAUCUGACAACCCUAUUUACCUGGGGCCUGCCAGUAUGGAGGAAAUCGCAGCUCAGAUUGCUGUGUGCAAGGGAAAGUCAGGCCACAACAUCGAGUACUUGCUUCGCCUGGCCGAGUUCAUGAGAGUGAACUGCCCUGAUGUGGAUGACCCUCACCUGUUCUCCAUCGAGGCAGCCACCCUAGCCAUCAUUAGACCCAUAUUGUUAGCAGCCCAGUAACCUGUAUCAUCUGUAAUGCUUUAAUUAUGUAACUAAGGCUAUCAACAUCGUUGAAACACCAUAAAGGUCCUAUCAAAAGUUAAUUUUUCCGUCCUUGAGGUGUGAUUGUGAAUUAGUGGCUGUUUUGUUUAUUCUCUUAACACUAAACCAAGUAUUACUGUUCUAAGGGAACUUAAACUGUUAAUGUUUAAUCAUGUAGUUUGACAUCUUGUAUACUGUCAGUUUUAAAUGUUUGUGGUCUUAACCCCAAGUAUGUGAUACUGUAAUACAAAUGCAUGCUUGUAUUGCCAAAGUUUGUCCUAUUUUAAAGCGGUUCAAAAAGUGUGGCCAUGAAACCUCAUUAGUGGGCAAUACAUGUCUAAUUUGCACUCAAGCAGUAUGCUGUUAAGCCAUUAAACAUUUUCCUUUUGCACAUUCAAA